AGAGAGAGAGUUUGCACGUAUGUCAGAGGGACUAUGGUGGAGGGCUGGUGAAGAUGAUGGCAGCUCUCUGCGAGGAUGGCACAUAUGGACUCAAUUGUGGCCGCAAGAGCGACAAAAUAUCAGUUUUACAUGUCAAAUUGACAGAAUCAGCCUUUAAAGCGCUAGAAAACUACCAAAACUGUAAGAAUGCACCGUCCACACAGGCGACGAUACGAUUUCAGGGUCUUCAAGGGCGCAUUAAAAUUCCAACGACAGAGGCUUCCGAUGGCUCUCAUAACUUCAACUUUUAUCUGUCCAACUUUGGCAAAGACAAUCCUCAAGGAAGCUUUGAGUGUAUCCACCAGUACAUAUCUAGCUCUGGGGUCCCCCAUUUGUCUUCACUUGGAACAGUUCAAGACAAAAUCACAGUAUGCGCCACCAAUGAUUCCUAUCAGGUGACCAAAGAGCGUGUGACCAAAGCAGAGGAGGACAAAAGCAAGAACAGCACCAAAUUCAUCAAACCCGGAGGACCGUUCCGAGACAAAAAAAUCCAUCACCGAAAACCGGCCCCAUCAGCCCCUGACCCGGUUCCAGAGAGGAAACAGACCACCCCCCUCAACCCAGCCAACACCAUCCGCAAGUGCCUUACCAACAACCCUGUGUCACAAAAGCCGUACCGGGACCGCGUGAUUCACCUUCUUGCCCUGCGCUCCUACAAGAAACUUGAAGUGCUUGCCAGACUGCAAAGAGAUGGCGUCAGCCAGAAGGACCGCAACUCUUUAGGCACCACAUUACAUCAGGUGGCCAAUCUAAACCCUAAGGAUAACUCUUAUUCGCUGAAGGACUUUAUUUUCCGUGAGGUCCAGAGGGACUGGCCUGGCUACACAGAGGAUGAUCGAGUUCAGGUUGACAGAAUCUUGGCACGUAAAUUGGGCUUGAAUUCAGAGUCAGUCUCAUCCAGCAGUCCAACCAAAGAGCCAACGUCUCCACUGAAACGGCAACCAGAGACAGACUUCAUCGACCCUCUGAUGUCUAAAAAGCCCCGAAUUUCUCAUCUCAGCAAUCGAGGACCACCAUCUUCAAGUCGUCAUCCGUCGGAAACUGAGGACAAAAAACCCGCACCCACGGCUGCCUGCCCGGGACCCUCUUUUCACCCUCCCCCUGUCACAGGCUCCAGUUCGAACUCCCCCAGUACGCCGGAAGGCCGCGGCUCUCAGGACCUUCCUCUGGACCAGAGCUCUAUAUGCGGGAACUCCUCGGAGAGCUACGCCCCCCGCAGCCAAACGCCCAGCCCCCCCAACCAGCCAGUGUCCACAACGUCCCCCUCAUCCUUCUCCACCUGUACCGUCUCCACAACCACCAUCACCUCCACCACUACCACCAGCGGCAGCCAUCAAGUGUCUUCUGCCGCGUCUCCUACAGAUGACAGUGGCAACAAAAAACCCAAGAAGUCCAAGAAGCACAAAGAUAAAGAGAAGAAACGCGAAGGAGAGCGAGAAAAGGAGAAAGAUAGAGAGCGGAAGAGGGAUCGAGAGCAUUGCAAGGAGGAGCACGCUAACAAGGAAGCGCAGCCUAGGAAGAAACACCGGAGCGAGGCAGAACAAAAACACAUUCCUGCCAACAUCCAUGAUUCAGAUAGAGAAGCUGGCAAAGAGAAGCCUGUCAAUAGCACUGAACUUCCAGCCCCAACUAAGCCUGAUUAUAUAAGUAAGUACACUGCAGUGAUAUCAAUGGAUCAGAGGCAGCACUAUAAGGAUGACUUUAAUGGAGAAUAUGAUGAGUAUCGUAUCCUUCAUGCCCGCGUUGAGAGUGUUACACGCCGUUUUACCAAACUGGAUGCUCAGUGUAGACGGCUAGCACCGGGAACUAAGGAGUACCAGGAAGUGCAUGAACAGGUGCUGCAAGAAUAUAAAAAAAUUAAACAACACAGCCCAAACUACUAUGAAGAAAAACAGCGCUGCGAGUACCUGCACAACAAACUAGCCCACAUCAAGCGGCUCAUCGCUGACUUUGACCAGCGGAGGGCACAGUCCUGGCUGUAGGUGCACAGGACCAAACGACCCCCUCAGCCAAUCAGAGUGCUCCUCAGCCAGAGGACCAUCUUAAGGAGAGCGCGGGGAUCAAACGGCUCCUUAUUUAUUCUAUUUACAGAUUCCCCACCGCUCGCCUGUACCCCCCAUACCUGGCCGCCUUCAUCACUCUUGUUCUUUAUUCAUCCUUUCAAUCUUUCUUUGUUUUGUUUUUGAAGGACUGAAAAGAAAAAAAUGAAAAGUUCCGCAAUGCAAAACCGUGGGCCUUACUGCGUAUAUUUCUUGAAGCCUCUUUUGCACAGGGGUGAUCGAGCCAGUACAUGUGAAAAAAAAAAAAAAGUGGCCAUAAAUGAGGGUGUUUCUAAGAGCCUUGAGACUUCCUUUUUCUCCUGUUGGCCCUGCUUUUGUUUUUGUUGUUUUUCUUUUUUUUUGGAACGGCAGUAUUCACACCCACAGUGCAAAUGAUGCCUUAAGGUAUUAAUACAGACAGAUAUCAAUGUGGCGUCAGUGAGACUUACAAGCACCCGGGGCAGUGGGGAGAAAUUUAUUAUGACCUGAUCGCAGGUCCCAGCGCACAUUCGUGGAAGGUGUGAUCGAUGUUUGUUUGUGUGUGAGUGAGUGAGUGAGUGAGUGAGAGAGGAAAUUGUCAGUGUUUUUGUUCAUUCUUGGGAAGGAUUAUGGGUCAGAAACUACAGGAAGAGAGAGAGAGACUUGAGGGAGGAGGGUUGGAUAUAGACUAUAAAAGAAGAGAAAAAAAAACAGAAAACAAAAAUCCCUAAAAAAAAAGCUGCUAUAUAUAUAAAUAUAUUAUUAUUUUCUUUGAAAAGCCAGAGCCUUCGGGAUGAACCUGGCUCAUGUUACAUGAUGUUCUUAAUUUGGGCCUGCUCUGUUUAAGAAAAUGAUCUAACCAUCUUGAGGGCAAUGGUGCUACUGAUUUUUGAGGAAAUGCAUCGAGCAGAGGCAGACCUGUAUAUCCAUUUCAAAUGUAUCAUUAAUUAUUGCAAGUCUCAGAGCAGAGUUAUUUAUAAAAGAUGAAUAGCAAUAUAAAUAUAUUGUUUUUUGUUUUGAAUUAAAAGGAAUUGCUGGAAUUGAGUAUUGAAAAACUGAUCAAAUAUACGGAAAAGUCUUUAUUUCAUGGUAUCAUUCGUGAUAAACUUCUUAAGGGAAACGUUAUGUUUACAAAACCUGUGUGGUAGGAAGUUUUGCCAAAAUAAGUGAUAAAAGCGAAUAUGCUUUCGAUUCUAUGUUGACAGUCUGGAAUAAAAUACGUUUCUCUGAGCGACAUGAUGACACUUUAUGAGAGUUGCUGAACACUUACAGUGUCCUCCUCAUAUAUUUAUUUAUUUUUUUUGGUUUUUGUUUUAGGGAAAGAUCCAGAAUGCAGCUUCACAAUAACAUUGCUUGCGAUUAUGCAAAUUCUCACUGCAUCAUGAUGGAUUCUGAUUGGCUGGUUGAUUCUUGAAGCUUGCUUCAACAUAUUUGCACGUUUUAAGAUGACAUUAUUCAAGAUCUGAAAAUUGAUCAUCUUUCAUUUUUGCUUCACAAAUAUUAUUGUCAAAUCCUGGGAAGUGAUUCCUUUGUACUAAAUUAAAAAGGUAAUAUAAAACUUGAGUGAGCCAUUCUCAAAAUAACCAUGGACAAAUGUUUGUUUUCAAGGAUUUGGGUCGGCAGAUGGCAUCUUAUGUUUAAUUAUUAUUUUUUUAAGGGGCUUACUUGUUAUCAAACUCACUUGGAUAUUCUGACGCAUGAGCUUCUGUUCAUUUUAGUCCCUGUUUAAAAACAAAGUCUGAUGAAAACCAAAUGCAAGUCAUGGUUAUUUAAGAGAAAUUCAGCAGCACUUUAUUUCAGAUGCUUCAAACAUUCAACCUCCAGACCGAAGCCUGCAGAUUUGGGAUUGACACUAAGAAGUGUUGCUCGGAAGGGAGAACAUUCAUUCAAACAUCAAACUCAUUAUUGUAAUUUGGGUUGGGUGGGGAGAUAUUUGGUGAUGUGUGUCACCAACACCCGUUUUCUUUCCCUUUUGAAGAGACUGUGCCUCUGACACCACUAAAGAGAGAUGUUGAUGAUGGAUAAUAAGCCAAGAAUCUCUAAACACUGUCAUCUCUUGUUUUAAAGGUGGGACACGGGGGGGUUGUUUCAGACUGUAAUUCCUGACCUUGUCCACCUGAAAAUGUAUUAAAUCAGUUCAAUAAAAUGUGAACUUGACGACCUA